UGGGUGAAUAUUCAAAUGCGAACUAUUUCUCUUGCAGGAUUUAGUCCACGCGGUGGCGGCGGCGGCGGAGGAGGAGGCGGUGGCUUCCGUGGGCGUGGCGGCGGCGGCGGAGGAGGUGGCGGCUUCGGAGGCGGCGGUGGCGGAGGAGGAGGUGGCUUCCGUGGACGCGGUGGCGGCGGAGAUCGUGGAGGUCGCGGUGGAUUUGGAGGCGGCCGUGGACGCGGCGGCGGCGGAGAUCGCGGCGGUGGUCGCGGUGGCUUCGGCGGACGCGGUGGUGGCCGUGGAGGCGGAGGACGUGGAGGUGGUGGCCGUGGAGGCGGCGGACGUGGUGGUGGCGCCGGCGGCUUCAAGGGCGGCAAAACCGUGACCAUCGAAGCCCAUCGUCACGAGGGAGUGUUCAUUGCGCGCGGCAAGGAGGACGCCCUGGUCACCAGGAACUUUGUCCCCGGAUCCGAGGUCUACGGCGAGAAGCGCAUCUCUGUUGAGACCAAUGGCGAGAAGAUCGAGUACCGUGUGUGGAACCCCUUCCGUUCCAAGUUGGCCGCUGCCGUUUUGGGUGGCGUUGAGCAGAUUCACAUGCCGCCGGGCUCCAAGGUUCUGUAUUUGGGCGCCGCCUCCGGAACGACAGUUUCCCAUGUGUCCGAUGUGGUCGGUCCCGAGGGUCUGGUCUACGCCGUGGAGUUCUCACACCGAUCCGGUCGCGAUCUGAUCAACGUGGCCAAGAAGCGCACCAACAUCAUACCCAUCAUCGAGGACGCUCGCCAUCCGCACAAGUACCGCAUGCUGGUGGGCAUGGUGGACACCAUAUUCGCCGACGUUGCCCAGCCUGAUCAGGGUCGUAUUGUGGCGCUGAAUGCCCAGCACUUCCUGAAGAACGGCGGCCACUUUGUCAUCUCGAUCAAGGCCUCCUGCAUUGACUCCACGGCGCAACCCGAGGCGGUAUUCGCUGCCGAGGUGAAGAAGAUGCAGGCGGACAAGCUGAAGCCGCAGGAGCAGCUCACGCUGGAGCCCUACGAGCGAGACCACGCCGUCGUCGUCGGCGUCUACCGACCACCGCCCAAGCAGUAA